AUGGAGUCCAGCGCCAUUUCAACCAGCUUCUACGCUGGUAGAGAGAGACCGACUCACCUCCUUUACAGGGACCCCUUCGGACUACCGGACAGUAUUAUCCCACCACCCGAAUACUUCCAGCUCUCAGCUGGCUUCCCCGGACGUUUCGGGCCGAUCCCUCUAUGGGGCUUUGACCAACUUGACAUGGACACUGCCGUCGCGGUAGGACCUCCCGACAACGACGACGAAGGCGACGACGACGACGAUGAAGACGAUGAUGACGAUGACGAUGCAACCAUUGUCCCUGAUUCCCCUGGUAGCCGCAACUCUGUGGGAGAACAUACACGUGUGAAGGAUAACAGCGCUACGAAGCCCUCGGGCGCGUCCUUGAACCCAGCCGCGCCUGUUUUCAAAUCUAUGUCGGCAGUAAACCGAACUCCCUCGAGCGAGACCAUGGAAAAGCCCCCGCUGGAACUCACCUACUCAGCCAAAGUAGACACCGCAAGCACAUCAAAAAUUCAGAUCACCAACAUCCCACCGCGAUGUGACGUUCACGCCUUGAUGGCCAAGAUCCCUAACAGAGAUGAGGUCGUGUCUUGCACACUUACCCCGCGUAAAUAUAUCACGCAAGGUUGCGACGCAGAAGUAAUUCUCACCCACCAAGCCGCAGCCGCACUAUACAGGCUGGCAGCCGAGGGCAAGUUCAACAUCGGCAGCUACAUCCCGGAUGUUCGCUACGCCGGUGGAAAGUACAAGGCCAGAGGCAUACAUAAAGACAGGAGCAAGGGAAGAGGCAAAGGGAAGGGCAAGGGAAAAGGCAAGGACAACAGCGAGAAGCAAGCGUAA